CAGGGAAGAUUUCAGCUGCUGUUGGGGGGCGCCAGUAACAGUUUCUUCUUGGUCUUUCUUUUGGAAGGAAAUAACAGAGUGCAUGGACAAAUGUUCUAAGCCCUGGGACAUAGGAAUAAAGCAGAAGAGGACCUUGCCCUCAUAGACCUUACAGUCUAAUAGCAGGUGUUUGCUGAAGGCAGUUUACUCAGAUCACUAUCACCUGGAAGUGGUUGAUAUAUCCUGGUACAAACCUUCAAGGAAGAAGCAACACGACAAUAUGGACCAGCAACUGAAGAAAAAGGUAAAGACUUGUGGCUGGAAAGGCUUGGGUAGAAGAGCCUUCAGUGGGGAUAAACCAAAGCCAUCCAAGCCACGGCCAGCCCAACAAGAACCUUUUGACAUGCCAUGGGCCUUAGAAGAUGAAGGUGUAUUCUUUGAAAGUAGCCACCUAGUUGUUGGAGAAGAUUCCUUCUCUGACUGUUACAUAGAAUGCAUAAUAAGAGGUGAGUUUUCUGAACCCAUCCUGGAAGAAGACUCACUGAAGUCCCUUAACUACCAGGAAGAAGAAUCAGAACAAGAGCUUUCUCAACAGGUUCUUACUGCAAGCUCGCUUCUGGGGAAAUCCUUGAAAUGUGUGCAAAAAGGGGCAAAACAAGAACUUUCUCAGCAGACUGGAGAGAAUUCACAGCUUGAGUAUUCAGAGUAUGAGACAGGCAAGAAGCUUUCUGCUGGAGGAAUACCCAGCACUGAUGUAUCAGAUCCUAAACAGUUUGCAGAAUUUGCUAGAAAGAAGCCCACAAAAAAUAAGGAUCAUGAUGCUCCAGAAAGAAUUGUUUGUCCUCACAGUGGAUGCACAAAAAAGUUAAAGAAUAGAGCUUCCCUGAGAAGGCAUCUCCUCGUUCAUGCUCCCCGAGAUCAUGUAUGUGCAGAAUGUGGGAAAGCAUUCAAUGAGAGUGCAAAACUAAAAAGACAUUUUCUGGUUCAUACUGGAGAGAGGCCAUUUCGGUGUACUUUUGAAGGGUGCGGAAAACGUUUUUCCCUGGACUAUAAUUUGCGUACCCACGUACGUAUCCAUACUGGGGAGAAACGUUUUAUGUGUCCCUUUGAAAGCUGUCAUAAGAGGUUUGUCCAGUCAAAUAACCUGAAAGUUCAUAUGUUAACUCAUGCAAAGACCAACAAAAAUCCGUGAAAGAGAAGAUAGAAAAUAAUCCUUAAACAAGAUGAGCAUAUUAACAAAAUAGUGAUUUGGGGACAUAUGUACCUUAUUACUAUCUCCCAAAAAGAACUUUUUCAAGCAAUUACAACCCUACAGGGUAUAUAUUUUUUUAAUGUUACUACAAUGCUCCUAAACUUAUGGUAUCAUUUUAGAACACUUUUAGAACAUUUUAGAGCAUUUGCUAAAUGCUCAGUUUCCAACAGUCUAUUUCUAAUGGGAAGGCCAGUAAUUAAUUUACUUCAAAAGCAUAAUCCUUAAUACGUUAUGAAUUGGAUUGCUAGAUUUUCACAGGCUAUAAGUACGAAAUUAACUUUUUAAAGUGUGUAGUUGCGAAUUGUUUAGCUUUUGCCUUUUAGGAAUAAACUUCAUGCUACGUGUGAUAAUCAUAGAGAAUGAAAAUUUUGCUGUAGAUUGUCAAUAAGUAAAUGAGUAGUUAAACAUUUUUAAAAGAUAAAUAUUUUUUAAUCCUUUCUUAUCAUUGUAUGAAACUAUACUGAAAUCAUGUAGUUAAAUUUGAAUAGUUAUUUGGUAGUAUCAAUUCAUUUGAGUCCAUUUUAGGUAUUUUAAAAGGAAAUAAAACUCCAGAGAUGCUAAAUCUGGAUUAAAAAAAAAUCAGAGAAGUGUGCCUUGAAAAGAGAUAACCAGGGGCGCUUGAGUGGCUCAGCUGGUUAAGCGUUUGACUUCGGCUCAGGUUACAAUCUCAGGGCUCGUGAGUGUGAGCCCCAUGUCAGGCUCUGUGCUGACAGCUCAGAGCCUGGA